GUACGAAGAAGCCUCUCGACGUCGUCGCUGUGUACCCACAAGGCGAAGAGGAAGAGAACGAAGCAGCAGCUGUAGCAGGAGCAGAGCGCACAAUGGACGCCAAGAUGCAGGCCUGGCGCAAGAAGAUGCCGUCCAAACGGCAGCUCGCGUCCACGCUCAACCACCUCGUGCAGCAGAAGGCGGUGGCGGCGCUCUACACGCCGACGGAGGUGGAGCGCAUCAAGCAGAUGACGGACAUGAUCGAGCAGGCCACGAGCGACUUUGAGGCGGACGAGGACUGGGACCGCAUCCUCCGCGUCGUGGACGCGCUCAGCAACGUCAGCAACCACGCCGUGCUGAAGGAGUCGAUCCGGUACCUGAAGUUGCGGCUGGGAGACCCGUCGUCCCGCGUCGUCAUCCUGGCGCUGACGCUCACCGAGUCGAUCGUCAAGAACUGCGGAGACCUCGUGCACCAGGAGAUCGCCACGGAGCCCUUCAUGAGCGAGAUGGAGGCGCUUUACAGGACGCACGCGAGCAAGCGCGGCAGGGACAGUAUGGAGAUCGCCAGUCGCGUGCUGGACAUGGUGCAGGCCUGGGGAGAGGCAUUCCUGCCCUACAGACACGAGUUCCCGCUGUUUGUGGACACGUAUCACAACAUGCGCAAGAAGGGCAUCAAGUUCCCGGAUCAGUACGACGAGACCAAGGUUCCGGUGCUCACUCCACCGACCGAUGCGCCAUCUGGAGGGCGAAGUGGUGCACAAACUGCGUCGUCUAACCAGGCGCGUGGCUCGAGAUCCAUCGACACGUCGUCAUACUCGAACACCAGCAGUGGGCUGGGCGGGCUGUCGACCCCCGAGCUCUACCGGGUUGCGACAAACGUGUCGGAGAUGUUCGAGGAUAUGUUGUUUGAAGCACAGAAGGACUCAUCGUCUAUUGGCAACCAUGGUGUCAUGGAGGAGCUGGCGGUGGAAGUGAGAGAAAUUCUGCACAGGAUGGAAGGAGCCAUCCCGAUUGCUGUUGCUGAGGGCGACGAGGAUCUUGAGAAGUACCUGUCGAUCAACGACGACCUGCAUGCAGCGCUGAAAAAGUAUGAUGAGUUGCUGGCUGGAAACCAAAAAGCGGCAGAGGUGGCCAACAGAGCUUCCAAGAAGGAUGUUGCCGACGAUAUCGAUCUUAUCGAUCCGUUUGGACUUGACAAGGACCUUUCGCCUCAGAACAACCAAGACUCGGGCGACGAUGAUCCGUUUGCAGAUUUUGUUCGCGCGCGAACUGGGCCAACGAAGGAAAGCAUGAAGCCUGCUGCUGACAAGCAUUCUCAACACAGUGAUGUCAACGAUACGCCGAAGGCUCCACAGCAGGACGAUGACGAUCCGUUCGCGAGCUUUGUUCAGCAGCGAGCAACCAAAAUUCUAAGUAGCAGCAACCAGGACGUGGAAAAGGAGGUAAAGCCGGCUGUGUCGGCAGCACCUGCAGCGCCAGCCAAAGACUUAAUCGACCUGUGGGGCGGUGAGAACGCUUUCACAAUGUCCACUACGUCCGUGUCAUCUCAGCCGGCUGUUCCGAGCACGACCAGUAGCACUCUAGGUGCGAGUAGCUCGAACGACCCCUUCGACAUGCUGGACUUCUCAACAAAGGCUUCUAUCUCGUCUCCAUCAAACCCUUUCGAUAGCCUCCAGCCUGCCUCUCCAGCCCAGCCUCAGCAACCUCAGCAGUCUGCAGCCCACAAGUCGUUCAACCCCUUCGACUUCUAGAGGCUUUCCAACUAAACAUGUAGCGUUGCUGUUUGUUGUGCGCUAAAAGGCACGGUGCAUAUGCGCAAUAAAGUACACAAAUGUCAACCAAAGCAGCGAGAGUUUGCCGUCUC